UCAAAACUCAAUUAUCAAGAUUUCAUCCCCUUCUAGCUAACCUGAGCCCUUUUGUGCUCAGCAAAUCGAACCAUGCCAGCCACCCUCAAACUCACCAAAUUCACUACCCUUCACGCCCACAAACCCUACAAAUUCCUCAACAAUUUCCCUCCACCCGCCGCCGCCGCUGCCUCCUCCGCCUCCGCCACCGUCAAUUCGAGAAAAAUCCCCUCGCUCAAGCUCUUUUCCGGCAGGUGGUGCGGUGUAGGUCCAUGCGCAGCCGCCGCGCAUUUCGACGAUACCCUAAGAUUUCUCCGUAGCCGGACGCACGCCCGGAAUCUAUGCUUCUUCACAUCCGAUUCUAGGAACGGAGGUCGAGACGGCCAUUUCCAUCGCGGGACUCAGAUGGGUGCAACCGUUCACGGAAAGACCGGAAGCGAAUGCAACAAAUCCGACGUGUCGCCGCCUCCGAACUACGGGGAGAAGCCACCGGUGGAUCCGAAUAAAUUACUCACGUUGCCUACGAUCCUGACGAUUGGCCGCGUGGCUGCCGUGCCCCUGCUUGUCUACACAUUUUAUGUUGAGAGCUGGUGGGGACCAAAUGCCACAGUAGGAAUUUUCCUUGCCGCUGCCACUACAGAUUGGCUCGAUGGAUACCUUGCGAGAAAGAUGAAAUUGGGUACUCAAUUUGGGGCUUUUUUGGAUCCAGUGGCAGAUAAGCUUAUGGUAGCUGCUACCUUGAUAUUGUUGUGUACGAGACCGAUUGAAGCUAUCAUGUCUGGGCAAGCACCAUGGUUAUUGACAGUGCCUGCAAUUGCCAUAAUCGGUAGGGAGAUCACCAUGUCUGCUGUCAGGGAAUGGGCUGCUUCUAAGGACAAGAAGCUUCUAGAGGCUGUUGCGGUUAAUAAUCUCGGAAAAUGGAAAACUGCCUCUCAGAUGACUUCACUGACCAUACUUUUAGCUGCCAGAGAUGGAAGCUUGGCUAUCAUUAUGGUCAUUGGUCGUGUACAUGAGAAAGAUAUGGAAAGUGCUGCUUCUGUAGUAAACAUUCAUCAAACCCCAGGAGCAAGCCAGAGUAAUAUUCUCCAAUGUGCGACUGUUCUUGAUUUGGUGAAUAACACUGCAUUGGGAAUCAGCAUACAGGCAUUUGAUGUUAGAUUGUUGGAUUUUCUACUCAUAUGA